AUAUAUGCAUGUAUAAAUAAACCCAUCCUCUCCCUUCUUCCUUAACGUUGUAAACUUGUCUCCUUUCUCAAGUUUCAAGCCUUUCUUGUUCCUCCUUCGUUUUGCAGAUGUCUCUAAUCACGGUAAGUUCUCCGAAACACUGCGCCAUCAAGAAAGGACCUCACAUAGAGAGGAAGUACAAGAAGUUCUUGUUCAUCGUCUCUUCAUGUUUCACCAUAAUUUUGCUUCUAAUCCUUCUCAUCUGGUUCAUCCUUCGCCCUUCCAAACCUCAGUUCUCUCUCGAAGAACUCGACAUCUACCAGCUCAAUCUCUCGGGCCCUUACCUCAACUCCACCAUUCAGCUCACCCUCCUAUCCAAAAACCCCAAUCGGAAAGUGGGCAUUUACUACGACGAAUUUCAAGUGUACGCCGCCUACAAGAGCCAGCAGAUAACAAUGGAUUCUUCCCUUCCUCCUUUCUACCAGAGCAACGAAGAGAGCAAUCUCUUGUCUGCUUCUUUGGUGGGAAAUGGCCUCCCUGUGUCUCCCUCUCUUGCUUAUGAAGUGGCUCGUGAUCGAGCUGCUGGAAGACUGGUUCUGAAUGUCAAGGUUAAUGGCAAGCUUCGAUGGAAGGUGGCAACCUGGGUGUCUGGUCGUUCGAGGUUUACUGUUAAUUGUGUUUCAUUCGUUACUUUUGGACCGGCUGUGCCUUUUGGUCCUGUGAGUUCAAACCAGGGGGCUCACUGUUCUACCGAUGCUUGAUUAUAAACUGAUUAUACGAAUCGCAGUAAUAUUAGUAAUGAAGUUUUUCUUACUGGUUUAAUUUUCAGCUUUUGGUUUAGCUUUGAUGCUGAUGAGCUCUGUACAUAUAAAAUAUAUGAAAGAUAGGACCAAAAGUUGGGAUUUCUCGUGGGUGAGAUGAAAAGGCUUGCUUGCUUAUUAGGUUGUUGUAAAUCUUAUCGCUUGUGCUUUUAUUUUCCUACUCUCUUUCUGUUUCCCAUUAUCUCUCUGCGGAAUAUUUUCUUUUGGGAGUGGAUUCAUGAGUAGAUACUGGGUCACCUGGGCUUCUUUGUGGGAGAAGAAGAGUGAUUUCGAUUGAGGAAUAUUUGGAUGGGAUCAUUCCCACAAGAUAUGUAUGGAAAUUGAAAUUGAAAGCUUUUUUCCUUCUCAAA